GGGUUCAUCGCGUUUUCAUUAAGUAUGCGCCCUGGCUAGAAGGCCGGGUUGCUCCGGCUGCUCGGGGUCCGUGCACGGCGCCGGCCGCGAGAGUGGCUGACAUACUAGACGCCGAUACUAGCACUCUCUCUCUCAUUGCGCGCGAUGGCGUCGGCAUAAAAAGUCGGCCACUUUCGGUACGCAUAGCAAAUGUACACGAGCUACGGGUCGCAAAAGAAACGGGCUGCUAAGGCGAAGUAAGGUGCGAACGGACCAUCUAUACGGCCGCGGCGUCGCAGCCGAUUUCUCGACGCGAGGCUGUUCGCACCGCACCAAACUUUGCACAGCCCAUUAUUUUAUCAUAUGGAACCUGCGCCUUAGCAAAAUUUCCCGCGAGGCCUCGAAAGGGCGCCGCGCGGCCGCGUAUACGGCCCCUCCCACGUUGCGCCACCAGUAGCUCCUAGAAGUAGCUCCAUUGUGCACUGAUGAUGCAUUUACUGCACCGGGCCGGGCCCAACUGGCAAACUUGAAGCUAAUAUCACUCAGGCUGAACGUAGGGGGGGAAGUGUGACCGGCGUGACAGCCAUCGGCGUGACUGGCCGCGGCGGCACCGUGACAGCCGCGGCAGCUGAUAAGAGAAGGAACCUUCCCCGGCCUCCCUUCAACUUGAAGUUCCUCCGAGUCAGGUUACUAUAUGAUUCUAGUGACAGUCAAGGUGUCACUUGCACUUGCCUCUAGUGACUAAGUUACAUGUCCAAUGGCAUGUAUAACACUACAGCGUACCGUACCGUAAACGGUAUAUACUAUCUCGAUGCAUGUCGGCUACGUACGAUACGGUGGGUUGAGAGUUGCAUACCUACGGUUUAUCGACCAGCACCAAUGCCGGAAUCACUUGUGUGUCAUUUUGGAACUUUGUCGUGUGAUCAUGCCAUUCGAAUCUAGGCAUCAAAAAGUGACUUCUCAGCUUUCUUUGUCGUGGUAAAUGGGCAACUGGAAUCAGGUGAAUUUCCUUAUGAUGACCUUUAUGUGCGAUAUGGAUUCUCAUUUGGCCCGGAUUGGACAGUCGUCGAUGGUAUCGAAAACGGCUUGUCGCAGAUUGCGCGGAAGGCUGCAGGCUGUGAUAAUUCUGUUGUGUGGAACUUUCCUGUGGAUAUAUCUUUUAAAAGCACAAACGCCCAUGGUUGGCCACGCAUGAGUGUAUCAAUCUAUGGCGUUGACAGCCUUGGGCGAGACGUCGUGCGCGGCUAUGGCAGCGUGCUCCUUCCACCGUCCAUGUCCAGAGCUCCUUAUGUAACCUUGGGAUGUUCCGUACCGCCUAUAAUGCCAUAGGUUUGCAGGAGACUAUGAAAGAUAUAUUCACACCUAUAUUCCCGUGCCGUCCUCACUCUGGCAACGCCUUGUCUCGUGGCUCACAGGAACGUAUGCUGAGUUCUACGACUCAAAACUAGUCGCUCAGAGUGACAAUCGUGAAGUUACGCGUGUAGAAUCAACCGGUGUCGUCAAGGUGAAAUUUUCUGUGCUUACUAGAGGAAUGGCCGCCCUUGGUUACUCUCUUGCCCCGGGUGCUUCUAUGUAACCAAGCAUACGAUGCACGGACUCGCCACCAUUCUCAGGAGCAACUCUUCAGGGCGGAACAGACGCGUUCUUCUGCCAAUGACGGUCUUGGGGAGUAUUUUUUUGAGGGAACAGUCCCUCUUCUAGGUUGCAAAUCAUGAUCACCCGUGAUUUGCCCAUGAAUCACCCCCCCGUCCACAGGCCCCCGGUCACCGUGACCUCGAAAGAUUUCGGGCGAAUCACCUUUUAAAUCAUCUGGCCCGGCGGGUAAAGGAGUACUAGUAUUGGUCGACUCGGGUUUUCUAGUAAACAGCGUACUAAA